UGACGUUGAGGGGGAGUAACCUGGUUGUCAGCUGUUUGUGGGAGUGGAAAUGAAGGCUAAAAACAAAAAUAGGAGUUUAGAGCUUUGAUAAGAAAAAGUAAAUAAGAAUAAAAAUAACACGUCUUGUAGGAUUUCAGUGACUUGCUACCCUACCGAUAGGUAACAGCCCGGAUUUAAUUUAUCUCAGUCUGGCAAGGAGGCGGAGGCUUAUCGCAGCAGGGAAGCUCGAAUAGAGACUUUUAAUGCUUUGCAGUCUGCGAGGCAGGGGCUCAAACUCCGGCUUAUUACAAGAAGACGUGCACUGUUUAUAUUUUUGGUACUCGUAUGUGUUUAAAGUUGUGACCAGAGAGCAUAAUGAAUGUGGGCACAGCUCACAGUGAAGUAAAUCCAAACACUCGUGUUAUGAACAGUCGUGGAAUCUGGCUUGCGUACGUCCUUGGGAUUGGUUUAUUGCACAUUGUCCUCCUCAGUAUCCCAUUCUUCAGUGUUCCUGUGGUCUGGUCACUCACCAACAUCAUCCACAAUAUGGGCAUGUACAUAUUUUUGCAUACAGUUAAGGGUACGCCCUUUGAGACUCCAGAUCAAGGAAAGGCAAGGCUACUUACACACUGGGAACAGAUGGACUAUGGUGUGCAGUUCACAGCAUCAAGGAAGUUUCUAACCAUUACCCCAAUAGUAUUAUAUUUUCUCACCAGUUUUUACACAAAGUACGACCGAAUGCACUUCAUCAUCAAUACCGUUUCUCUGCUGUCAGUCCUAAUUCCCAAAUUGCCACAGCUCCAUGGAGUGCGCAUCUUUGGAAUCAACAAGUACUGAUGGUGUAAUGAGACUUGCUGUUGUUAAACACCCAGCACAUUUUACACAGUUCCCUGCAGUUUUAUUUAGCAGGAUGAGAUGUGAUUAUAGUCACAUUUUUAAAUAUAAAUCUUGCAUACAAUUUGUUUAAAUAAAGCAGAUUGCAUAGAAAUAAGCUCUGUAGGAGCCAGCAUAGACUAUCCGCUAAUCAGUAUGUUGUAGAAAAAUGUCUGCCUUUUUUGUUUUUGAACAGAAUGUCAAAUUUGAUGGGCUUUGUUUAUACUGCCAUUGCAACUGUGAAAUACUAGAGGAAAAUGUUUUUGGCAGUAUUUUCUUGAAAGGUACAGCUUGGGUAGAAAACUGCUUUGACGCACACUACACUUUAUCAAUAUGCUACAUAGCACAAAGAACAUUUUUUUUUUCUUUUUGUUUUUUCUUUUUUCUGAAGUCUUUUUAACUUGAAUAUUAUUCUACAUGUUGCUCUACAGCAUUGGAAAUGGUGGGAGGAAAAAAGGAAACUCCUGUUAUGAAGUUUCCAAAUUGUGAAACAUGUAGCAGUGUGAUAAUUGUUUAAAAAAUCAUGUAGAUAGAACUCAUUUUUUUAACUAUUUUUAUUUUAACUAUUUUUUUUUCAGUUAUGGAGCGCACCAAGAAGCAUUAAACAGUAAUCAGUUUCUAAUUUUAUGUGGGAGAUUUUAUAUUAUGGCCGCAUCCAUCAGUGUUGGCAAGCAGAGUAGAAAUUUUACUAACAUUAAAACAAUUCUGAAAGGUUGCUGUUCUUCAUUUCUGUCCUCCAAUUUUCCAUCCCAGAUCUGAAGAAGUUUGAAACAGAAAGAGGUUAACAGAAGGUAUGCGGUAUUUGAAGCAUGAAUGACAUAGCCAGAAGUUAAGCUUUUUUCAGUUUAUUUAAUUUCAGUAUAUCAGAGAGGAGCUGGUCGAUUUGUGAAGGGCAAAUCAAAUUUUAAAGCAGUUUAGGCUUUACACUUUUGAAAAGGAAGAAAAUUGCACAUAUUUAAAGCUUUUUGAAGUUUUCUUCGGUUUUAGUUUAUCUAAUUCUUAAACCCUCAUGAAGCAAGUGAUGUUUCUUGUACCUCAGCUGGGAAUGCAAGUCUGACUUGUGGUAUGUUAACAUGAAGUAUAACAUUGCAAGCAUGCAACUAAUUUCUACAGGCUUUUUAUUUGAGCAAUUAAGGAGAAGAAACUAACUCGGUUAACUAAAUCCGUACUUGGCAAAAACAGAUGUGUGAUCUGUUGUUAGAAAUGUUCCCUUUCUGGCAAAAUGUUGUUUGUAUCACUUCACUGGAUGUGUUAUAAGAUGGCACAAAAAAUUAACAGGCACAACUAAGUGAAAUAUUUAGAAAGUGACAUUAAAGCUCACAGAUGAAAUUGCAAAAUUGUCAGAGAUGCAUUUUGGAAUGAACUACAUACAGUGCUUGCCUGUUCUUGACUGCAUUGUGAAGGCAUGUCAAAAUUUUGAAAUUUGAGCAGAAGGAACUUCUCAGUAAAAGUACAUAGAAUUCUUAGGAUAACAAAAUAACGCAGGACGCAGAGGAACAUCUAUCUGUCUUGUCUAUAAGUGCUAGCAGGAGCCUUGGGAGCCCAUUAGAUGGGCUAUAAUUUACUUAGGUGGUUUCAUAAUGGGAAUACAGUCUGAAAUGGUUAAAGGAAGUCUUUAUUUGCAUUUAAAUCUUGCAUUAGCUGGAGGAUGGAAGGGGAAUUUUUGUUAAAAAAAAAAAAUAACCCAUGCGUUCAGUGUAAGUUGUGAUAGAGUGCUUUGAGCUGGCUUACAUAGUUUCAGGAUGCCUGUUCUUGUGGUGAAGUCAGUUGAUACUCUUGUCUUAUGGUACAGCAAAUCAUGUAGGAGUGCACAGUUGGUACAGAUGGAUAAAGUAGGUGAAAGUGAUCUUGCAUCUUCAUAGCUAACUUUUCUGAACUUGACUCCAUUUCAUAGAUGACUGUGGUUUAAUUUCAUCUUAAUUGCUCCAUUGUUUAGCAAGUUAUCACUGUUACUAUGAUUGUAAAAAGACAGCACUGGACUAUGGAAAUUAAUCUCUACUUUUUGUAUAUUUCUCAGUAUAUCGGUCUUUGAUACCUGUGGUCUUUUUGAUUUUGACCAGUUUCUGACAGAUCCUUUCUUGUUUUUGUAUAAAGCAGCGAACAAAAUUUGUUAAUGAGAAACUGUUUUAUACUUGCACAGCAGUUAGCUGACAAACUAGUCAUUUCCUCUUACUUAGUGCCCUGGUGCCUCCUCCUCUUCAUCUGUGCAGACAUCAUGGAGAGGAUAUGGGGAAUUCCCGUUAUGACAGUAUUUUUCAUACCCCCCCAAAAAGUGGUCUGUACCCAUAUCUUUAUGUGGCUGGUCUAGAUCUGCCAGAUCCCUCUUGAGGUUUCAACUUUGCAGUAAAAGCCACAGUCUCUCCCUCCCACAAUGAGAGGAAGUACCAACAGAAUGCCACUCAUGUCUUCCUUUUGUACGUAUCAGUUCUAUUGUUAUUAAAAGAAGAUACAUGGGGAUGUGAUAUUGUAAAGCGAUGCAGUGUUUGCAGCUGUCUCCAGAUAUUGUAGUUUUCAGAAAGAGACCAAGAUUAUGGGUUGGUUGUGAGGAAUUGCGGAUCACUGAAUAAUUAUGUUGAUUUGAUAAUAAGUACUGUCUUUAAUUUAUAACUCAUCUUAGUAAAUAAAACUCAGUUAUGUCAUAUCCUUGCAUGUAACUUUUUAAAAUGUUCUUUAUAUGGCCUUAUAUGGGAGCUUGACUGUAAACACACCCAUUAAAAAAAACAACCCACACAUCUGACACUUAAGCAUAAAAACAAAAGUUUGAGAAACUAAGUCCCUUCAGCAGUUGCUAGCUUUAACAUUUUGAGGGUAAGGUAAAUCAGCUUGCCACAAAUAAAUGUGCAGUUUCACUUUAAGUAAUAUGUUACUACAUUGUGUUGUGUUUUGAAAGCUUCACACAUGGAAGCGACAUUGGCUGUCCCUUCUACUUAGCUUGAGUGUACUUGGCUGUGAUGCUAGGAAGUAGAAGGUUGUGGUUCUGCCUUCGUAUGGUUAUAAAUAUUUUAACCAGCACAUAUUCAGCAGCAUUGUAGCAGUACACUUAUCACAAAAACAUUCACCCAUAUUCUACUGUAGGUGAUACUCCCACAGAAAAUGCACAGCUUCAUGGAGGAUUCGGACAUCAUUGGUUCAACAUAUGUCAGACAGUUGAUUGACUCAUUUGGAAUGGAUACACUAAGACAACAAGUUUGCUUUGCUUGUUCAGAUGUUUGGACUACAAUUUCCCACUGUAAAUUCUGGAAGCAUGACAUUUCUAAGAUGGUCUUUUUGUGUUGAUAGGACAUUAAACUGUCUUCUUGCUGUGCUGUGUGUGUACAUGUUAAAAUGAUUGUUUGCAACUGUUAGAGAAUAAUGCCAUCUUCGGCCAAACAUGUUUAUGAUUAUGUCUUAAAAUGCUAGGAAUGUGGUAUUUUUUCUCACCUAGAAUUGUGCUUAUCAGAUUGGACACCCUAAAUUGGCCCUAGGUGUGAGUGUGUGCAUGUGUGUGCCUUCCGUGGAAGGUUGGGUGCCAGGCUGGCAACUCGACACUGUAAAACUCCACUGCCAAUCAUGAGCGGACAGGUGAUCCGCUGUGGUGACCCCUAACUGAGAAAAGCCGUAAGAAGAAGAAGAAGAAGAUCCACAAGUUACUACAGAAUAAGGCAGUAGAACCAUUUCCAGUCCCUCAGUGAUGGACUAAUCUGUGUUAAAGAGAUUUGUUAUUUCCAGGAAUUAGACUGCUUUUUGGGUAAUUUCACAUAUUAAAGCCCAUACAAGUUUUUAAAGGUACAGAAAUUUUAGAUAUUUUCAAUUUCCUUCCUGCUGUUAUUUCCUUCCUGCUGUUAUUAAUCCAAGAAAUACCCAUGCGCAUCUUCCACAGCUCCUGUAAAUUACAGUCAGAUAUCUGUCUUUACAUUCCUCAUUUUCCAUGUCACAGGAGUCUGUUCAGUACAAGGUGUAUGUAUUUUGGAAUAAGUGGAAAGUGAUGUUGAAUUUUGUAGUUCUAGAAGUAGGUGGUGUGUUUUAUGGCUCUGCCUUUUAUGUCAUCUGUAUGGUUCCAAAUGUAAAAUAACACACUAGAACUCAGUGGGUAUUAAAUUCCAUGUGGAAUUAAUUUGCAGCAUUUUGAUCACAGUCUUCCUCUGAAGAAAGAGUCAUCCUCCAAGAUCAUCACUAGUGCACUGAUCCUUCUUGGUAGGAAAUAGAUUAAAAUCCUUUCACCAUUUCAGAUUGUGAUUCAGGAGCCCAGUUUCUAUCUAAUGCUCCAGGAAUUCACCUGUAAUCUCUUUUUCAUUACAGCAUAAAACAGAGAUGGUCAGUAUGGCUAGUCCUAAGAGCUUUUCAUAGUCCUCUGCAACCAGGGCAGGUACAGAUUUCAAAGAGACAAUUCUAGUAUUGUCUGAUACCAGAACAAACAAAUUUGGACUCUGUCUCAACCACUUUGUAGUUUGAUAUUGUAGGUAUGGGAAAGGGACUUCAUUCAAGUAGUGCAUCUUCCAUUUAAUUUAAAUGUACAGACGCAGUAAGCUGGAAAGUCUCAGUGGCAUGAGUGACAUUAUACAUGGACAUUUUCAGCUUCAUUAUCCACAGAAGAGAAUGCACAGUAACCAAAGCAUUGUUCUGGGAUCAAGGGCAUUUUGCUUGCCUUUCAUAUCCCCCAUAAUGUUAAAGGUUGUUCUAAAGUUGAAUCAUGAAAUGGCUCAUCUCUUUUUUGUUAACAUACGUAUACUUGAUGACCAGUUAAUUGGGUUCCUACUGCUCAGUUACAUGUGGUUGAAUUUACUUAUCAUAGUUCUCGUCACUGAUGUAUAGGCUCAGCAGAAUUGCUGUGUGCUAGACCACUGUGCCGUGUUUUGGUCAGUUUCUUCUUUCCCCACUGUUGUGCAGCCAUGAAGUUAUAUGUAUAAAGUGUGAAGGAGGCUGUAGGUGAUUGCCCCCCCCCCCACACACACACACACACACACACAUGGAGGUGCAGAAUGGCUUGGCUGUCUACAGAAAUUUUUUUUUUUUUCAACUUAUGCAAGCAAGUUGUAGAGUUGCUGUGUUCUCAAUCACAGACUUUCUUGAAUGAUCAUUUCUGGACUGUUCAUAGAAGUAAUCAUUCUGAUAUUUCCAAAUUGGCCGGGAAAUCUGUGAAUGGCUCUUCUCCUUUAUAAGAUUGUUGGAGUUCCCGAAGAGGCUACUGCCAACUCUGAACCUGCUGUCUCAGCAUCAAGACAGGGUCCUUCACACACAGUUUCUGGUUGAUGGCCUAGAAGAUUUCCUCUAGUUUGCCAGUCUAUGUGAUUUCUCCACAGGGGUAUUUCAGGUGAUAAAGGAAGUGGGGAAACCUGCCACAAAGGUCUUAUAUGAGCAAAUAGUUCCAGUGUUCCUAUCUGGGUGAGACAGACGCACAUUUUUUUUCUUUUUCUUGUAGUCUAUUCUGUUUGUACUGUUGGUAUGAAUCUAGCUUUAUAUAUUCGUCCAUCAAAAGUCACAAAGCAGCUUACUCCUUUAAAACCAGUGCUGGAGAUAAAUAGGUAAAACUUUUUCUAAGGGGCAUCUAGUGCUUAAGACCCCAGCCCAAGAAGGAAUGCAUCUCUAAUUUAGGAUGCAUUCUUAAAUGGAAAUACUACAACAGCUAUUCUAACCUGCAUAGUCUGCUGACCUUACGUUUUCAUGUUUUUUUCUUAGAAGACCCUGGUAUCAAGAGCUGUGAGUCUCAGUGUGCAAACACCCAUUUCUGUUUUUUCACAAUUAACAUAAUGAAGAGGGCAGAUAAUUUUCUUAUUCCUAAAUUGGUAUGUGAGAGAACUUUGUCAGUCCUUUCAGACAUGAAUAUAAGAGACAUAGAUGUGCAUAGGUAACUCAGCUGUUAACGGGCAUAAGCCCCUCUGUCAGGAAAGUACAUCUUCUAUUUCUUUUCCACUGUGUAAAAAGAGUAAGCCAAGUGCAAACAGACCCUAUCCAAAUAUGUGGGCAGUUGCAUAGCUUUUUUCCAUGACACACAAUGUAAAUCCUUGGAAGGAGUGGUGAAGGAUGCAUUUUCCAAGAAUGCAUCCUACAAAGCCUGUACUUAGCACUUUGUCCACUUUUAUCAGACAUAACAAACUGAGGCAGCCAGCUAGGUUUAGGGUGAGACAGAAUUUUCUAAGGCUGUCUUGAAUGGAAUUCUUUGAUAUUCUUCCAUCUUCCAGGAUCAUGGAAGAUGUUGUAGACGUCUAUCCACAUGUUAUAGCUAACUGAUGAAGUAUGUCCUUUCAAAGUAAGCUAGAACAGUUUACUAAGACACACCUUAAGGAUAAAAAGUGAAAAAGUAGUAUAUUAUUGUUUUGGUCCCUUCCACCAUACCCCUUGUAAAGUUUUAAUUGUGUUUCUGUAUUCAGUAUGUGUUCAUUAUAGAAUGUAUGCACAAUGCACGUUGUAUAUUAUGUAUAUUUUCUGAAGUGUGUUAAGUAAAUUGCUUCAUAGGUAAAUAUUCUUCUUUUAAUCACUGUUGUAUCCCUUACAGUAGGGAUAUCCAGCUAAGGAUAGCCAUACAUGUGGCCAGCCUACCAAAGCCUGGGCCAUAUGUCAGAAAUAUGUCCUGUGUGUGAGGUGUAAGGUAUACAAGUAACAUACAAGCACCGAAUCCCCAGAACUUCUUUGCCAACAGUCCGACCACAGCAGUUUUAAUUCGGACUGAAGAUAAUAUGUCCUGUACAUUUCACUAAGCCUAGGACAGAUGAAUACCCAGUUGAGGAUUAUUUCCUUUUUCUUUUAGUUUGUUUUAUUGUAGUUACAUGUCAUACAGAAUGAGGAAGUGUGAAUUUUGGGGGCAGAUUCACCAUAAGGAUAGACACAAGUGCAUUUUUGUUUAGGCAUGAAGAACAACCGUAAACAGUGUGAUAUUUACUAGGCCUUUGUUCCUAAGAUCCUGUGACGUUGUCUUUCUUCCCUUUCUUUUUGUUUAGAAAACAAGUGACUUAAAGUACUUGCUCAAGGCACCAUGACUUUUGAAUCUGACUGCCCAGAUGUCCAGCCACCUUUGAAAGAAGGCAAAGAAAUUUUGACCAGCGACUUCUGCUGUCCAGCAUCUGCCAGACUUCUCUUUAGGGUCAGAUGAAGACAUCAAAGAAUUUCCAAUGUCCAGUUCUGAUGCCUGCCCCCCUCUGUUACUACCCCGUUGAAGGCUGACAACAGGGCAUGCCAUUCUCACAUCCUCUGAGACCGAGCCAAUGUCCAUUGAGGACAAGAAGAGGGAAAUACAGUUAGUAAUUGUUAGUAAGGGAAGAACUACUGGGUUCCCUCAUUGAGGGUAAGACAAGGCACAAGUUUGUCAGGGCAAACAUCAGUGUCAAAAAGAAGCAAAAAUACUAGACGUUGCUCCUGUUAAAAGGAGUGGAAGACUUCAUCCAAGGUCCUUUUAUAGCUUUGAAGUCUCCUCAAGUUUUGUCAGUUCUUUCUCCUAUUGGCCUUCCAUCUACUUCCACUACCUCUAAAAGGCCUAGGGAUACUACUUCAUCUGACUAUGAUUUAUAUUCUGAUGAGGUUUAUUCCUCCCAGAUUCACUUUCUUUGGGCUCUGAGGAUACUCUUUCCAUGGUUCCCCAGUGGAAGAGCUUUCUUUUGGGGAUGUUUUUCUUGAAAUGAAGGAACAUUUUCAGUGGGAAAGCUCUCAGAUUUCUGAAGUCCAGUAGAGGUACUGUGAUGUCUUGAAGAUGGAUUCCCAUAGACCUGCAGUUCUUCCUGUUCUGGAAGCUCUCUGAGAUACUUUUAUGUCUGCUUCUCAAGCAUUUUUGUCUCUGCCUCUUGCUCCUAAAAAAAUAAGUUUUUCAAGGUCCUUGAGGCUAAUAAGUUUUUGUAUAAGCAUCCUUCAGCAGAUCCUUCUGUCAUUCCCUGUCAGCUGACAAGACUACUAAGUUACUUGCGUCUUCCAAACUUUUACCAUAACACAAGGAUAGUAGACCAAUGGAUAGUAUGGUAAAAAGGUGUAUUAUUUUGCUACCUUUGCUUUUAGGGCCAUUAAUUAUUUGAUAAAUAUGACUAGAUAUGUGCUUGCCCUUCUCUCCAUUUCGGGGAGGGGGGGUUAUUAGCUGACAUGCCUGAUUCUGAUUCUAAAACUUGAGCUCUUUCCUUACUAGUUCAGCUUCACAAGUGACUACCCUUUUCAUUAAAUGCAGCUAUGAUGCUGCUGGUGCCUUUUCUGAUGAGGCUGCACCAAAUUCAGUCAUUAAAAGGUAUUCUGGAGCUGUAAAGGUGCAAUUAAUUGGAUUCUCCUUUAGAUACCCAGAAUCUGUCUGGAUCUGCUGCUGUGGAGCUCUGUAAGAUGGGGAAGAUCAGGCAGGACUUUAAACAGAUUUCUUUUUGCCUAAUUCUAAAUAUCAAAGGAGUUACCCCUGUAAAGCAGUUCCCUUUGUGUGUAAUCAUCCUAAGAACCUUUUAAGGGUAAAAGGCCAUCUAAGGAAAAUAUUUUCUGAGAAACCCAGUCAGGAUUCCAGAAGACAGAAGUCUUCCUUUCAGGACAAGUCGGCUUCCAUUUGACAGUCCUCCUCCUCCUCUUUCUGUAAGCCAGAUUCUUCAUUCCCAAAGGUUAACUCUGUCCUCCCCCAUUUGAUAGCAGAUCACAACUGGCACAUGGUUUCCAUCUGUAACUCACAAUGGCUACUGCAUAGUGUGGAAGUCCCUUUAUUCCUUCCUUUUUAUUCCUCAGCCCUUCUUGCUAGUUACCUUAUUUUCCUCCUCUUCUUCAGGACUUCUUGGUUCAAGGUACUAUUCAGCCAUUGCCUCUUUGCCAGAAUGGCAAGGGUUUCUACUUCAGGAUGCUUUUAAUUCCCAGGAAGGAGGGUGUCCCAUUCUAUACCUCUUUUCUGUUCCAUGCGUUUCUUCCUCGGGUCUUAGAAGGAUGCAUAUUUGCAUAUUCCAAUAUACGCUUUCUUCAUGAAGCUUUUACAGUUCUCUGUAUCUUCCUUGCAUUGUCAGUUGUCUGCUUUACCACGUGGUCUUUCUACAGCAUCAACAGCUUUUACCAGAUGUUUAGUCCUGGCUGUAGCCUUUUGCACAUUCCAUGAUGUUCAGAUUUUUCUCUGUAUGGAUGAUCUUUUUAUUCAGUCUCUUUCUUAGCAGGAUCUAAAAUUUACAAUGCUUCUUUGCGGUGUAGGCGUCACUCUCAUUCUAAAGAAAUCCAUUCUGAGGCCUUCUCAGGACCAGGUUUACUUGGGGUGCAGGAUUCAGACCCUUAUUAUGUAGGCUUUCUUCAUCCUUUGAAUGUCCUUUCUUUGACAGCUUUCUUUCAAACUCUUCUCCAUUUGCAAGAGACCUCAGCAAGAAAAUUUCUGUGACCUUUGUGGUUUAUCCCAUCCACUAUUCCAAUGACUGCCUUUGUCAGACUACAUGUAACGAAGUUCCAAUGGGAUCUGAAGAAAAUUUGGCCUCAGCAUUGUCACAAUCUGGACUUUCUGUAUUCCUCUUUUGGAGGGAGUUUCUGUGAUGAAUCAAGUAGAUAUCUCAAAAUCCAAGUCUUCCCGUUCAAGUACCUUCCCCCACUUAGUAGCUCUUUACAGAUGCUUCAGACAUAGUCUGGGAGGCUUGUUCCAACAUCAAGGCCCAGGGGUAGGGUCAUCAUAGGAGGUAAAAGAGCAUAUCAACAUCAAAUAAAUGAAAGUUCUCUAAUCUUGGUGCUUCAGGCUCUGCAUUAACUUUGGACUCCAGGUUCCCUCAGAGUUUUCACAGACAACACCACUGUCAUGUGCUACAUUAACAGACAAGGGGAAAACGUUUUGCUGUCCGUUGCAGAUUGGCUAUCAUAUUAUGAGACAUUGCAGUUUGCCACCACUUGCUUCUUAAGGUGGUGUAUACAACAGAUAUCGUACUUUUCACUAUUUUAGUUCGUAUUCAUUCCCUCUUUCCUUCUCCCUUUUCGGUUUUACCUUCUCUCUCUCUGGCCGUGGGGGUUCUUUUCCUUUUUCUGAUGUAUAUAUGCCAUCUUUCAUUUCUUCCUCAUUUUUAGCUCCUGUUUUGGGAGAAUUCAGUUCUGAGGAUUUAGCACUUGUAUGUCACUUAAGUACCUUAUGCCUUUGAAAUAAUACAUACGGCUGUUUUCAGCAGGAUGUCCCUGUUGUAAGGAACACUGCAACAGUGAUAAGUAGGGCAUCUGCUGUUAUGUUAAGUUCUUACAUAACUGUACUUAUUCCAUCUAAUAAUGACAAUUUCAACAAUAAUGAUGGCAGUGGAAAGCUGCUUCUUACCAUGGAGAACUUCUUACUCAGAAAGAAAAAAAAGAAAAGAAAGCUUGAGCCAAACAUUGACUUUGAAUGUAGUGGUACAAUACCAGUGGUGGUGUCUCUGAACUGAGACUGAUACUGAUUACAGCCAGUGUAUACUUCUUUCUGGCAAAACUGCUGCAGUGAGAGAGACCAUGUAAGAUAAGAAAUCCAUUUGUUAUAAAUAGCCUAUGAAAUGCAUGUUGUCCAAGAUGUUUUGCUAAGGUCCGGCUUCAUUCCACUAUACUUUCAUAUGUAUGCCCAUGUGCAUGACACCACCCAUCAUUUCCAUAUGCAUCUGGUGUUCAUCUCUCUUUCUAGGUGCUUUUAGCAAUAUUUGUCCCUUGACAGUAAGACUUGUGUACUUGUCUGUGAUGGAGAAUGCAGCUGAAGUGCAACUGUAGAUCCACCAGCUUUUUUAUUUGCUCUAAUAGUGCUUCCAUGGUACAUUUUUUCAAAGUAUAUAAUAACCAUGAGCUGAAUUAGGGGGCAGCUGCCUCCACAAUUUUAACUACUCUUGACUACCAGUACCAACUUCUAAACUCAUUAAACAAGGUGAAAUGGUUACUUACAGAACUGGCUAGCUUUUCUAAAAAAUGAGUUUACACACUGUAAAGGAUUUACAAGAAGUACAUGAAUUUUAGUUCAUAUUUUGAUAUCUUGUUUACUUAGCAAGGCGGAUGAUGUCACAAGUUUAGUCCUAAAUUUAAAUGAUUUUUUUAAACAAAAUUUGUCCAUAGGUACAUAUUACUGUUCUGUAAAGAAUAUUUUGUAAGGUAAUGCACAGAGAAGAUUAUUUUGUUGUUGCAGAAUGUUCUUUAUUGGCUGCUAGAACAGUUGCAUUUUCUCAAUUUCAAGCCUAUUAAUUGUUUGGCUGUCAUUUUUUAAUUAUAUUUUUGUUUGGAUUCCUGUAAAUAGCUCCCUAGAUAAAAUUAACUUUUGUGUACAGAAACUUUCAUCUGCAGAUCUUUAUAAGAAAGUGUGACUAUUUUUAUUACUUCUUUGUACAGUAUUUUAAUAAAUGUUAAUAAAAAUAGUAUUCAUGUAA